UCAUCUUUGUCACCAAACUCAGAAUUAUUAAACCCUCAAGAUAUCGCUUCCAUUUCCAAAGAAAAAGCUUCGAGUUUACAUUUCUCCUUUCACAGAGUACAAGAUAAGCUCUGCUGAGCGCCCAGAGAAGGCAAUAGAAACAUGUGUGGAGGUGCUAUUAUCUCCGACUUCAUUCCGGCGGCGGCGGCCGGGACGGGGAAGUCUCGCCGGCUCACCGCUGAUUAUCUCUGGCCAGAUUUGAAGAAGCUCGGGUCUGGUGGGAGGUUUUCCAAGCCUCUGAAGCCUGAAGCUGUCAUCGACUUGGACGAUGAUUUUGAAGCUGAUUUCAGGGAAUUCAAGGAUGAUUCCGAUAUCGAUGUGGAUGAAGAUGAUGAAGAUUUGAUGAUUGAUGUCAAGCCCUUUGCUUCAUCCACUGCUAAGCCCUCCAAGAGGCCCCUGUCUCGUGGAUCUGCUGCCGCAAAAGCUGAGAAAUCUGAUGGGCAAACUGAGAAGUCUUUGAAAAGGAGGAGGAAGAAUCAAUUCAGGGGAAUCCGCCAACGUCCAUGGGGUAAAUGGGCAGCUGAGAUCCGUGAUCCAAGAAAGGGGGUUCGCGUCUGGCUUGGAACCUUUAAUACUGCUGAAGAAGCUGCACGAGCUUAUGAUGCUGAGGCAAGAAGGAUCCGUGGCAAGAAAGCCAAGGUUAACUUCCCUGAUGAGGUCUCAGGUCCUUCCUCGAAGCGCCUCAAGGCCAAAGUUGAGAAGCCGCUUCCAAAGGCCAAUCUGAACUCUGCUCAGCCCAAUUUGACCCAAAACUUCAAUGUUGGAACCAAUCUGGAGGACUACUACUACUCUAUGGGUCUGAUGGAACAAAAACCUCAGAUCAACCAGUAUGCUGCAGCUGCUAACGUGGGAUCGUUUCCUGAGACCAACAAUGUGGUCCCAUCACUCUCAUCAUCUGAUGAUGUCGCGGUUUAUUUCAGUUCUGAUCAGGCGAGCAACUCAUUCGACUACUCGGAUUUUGGGUGGGGCGAACAGGCUCCAAAGACCCCAGAGAUCUCAUCCAUGCUUUCUGGUGAAUCUCAGUUUCUGCAAGAUGCUAACCUGAACAACAACAACAACAUGCAAUACUCGAACUCUCAGAACGCAGGAAAUGGUCCUGCAAAGACUCUGUCGGAUGAGCUUGCUGACAUUGAAUCCCAGCUGAACUUCUUCCAGACACCUUAUCUUGAAGGAAGCUGGGAUGAUGCUUCACUUGGAACUCUGCUUAGUGGAGACACAACACAGGAUGCUGCUAACCCAAUGAGCCUCUGGAGCUUUGAUGACCUUCCCGCAUCCAUGAUGGCGGGAGUUUACUGAGCAGCUUGCUUUCUUCAAUGACCCCCUUUUUUAUGUAAAUAAAGCUACAAGUUAGUAAUUUUCAUUACCCUUCUAGCUGCUUGUUUGGUUCUUGUAAUCGAAUGAGUUUAGUGGCAUUUAAAAUUUGUUCCCCAUUUGAUUGGUUUCAGGAAUGGUUUGUCACCUGUGUUUGAAGAUGGUGUGGGAAAGUAAAACCCGCUUAAGCAUGUGUGGAAGUUAUUCACCGGUAGCUAAUGGAGUUUUGGGGUCAUAUUCCUAUCUAGGCGUCCUUAAUUUGCUUUGUUUAAGACCUAAAUUUUUGGGGCAUUUUUAUGUUUUUAUGUUUAUAAGGAUGCUUAUAUAUAUGAUUUUGUGAUACA